AUGGCACUGCAUUUCACGUUGUUCAAACCGUCGAAGGUGUUCCUUCAUUACUUCAUCAAAGCUUCCGAUCAUCCUAAUAAAAGGUUAAGCACGGGAGCAAUCUUAAAAUAUACUAAAACCCUAAACAUUAAGCCAAAGCCACCGGCAAUUUCUUUCCUUGGGAGAUCACUAUAGUCAACGAUCAUGUCAGACCUUCCAGAGGAUUUGUUAGAGGAGAUACUCUGUCGCGUACCGGCCAUACCUCUGAAACGGUUACGAUCUACAUGCAAAAGAUGGAACCGUUUAUUCAACGAUAAGAGAUUCACAAGAAAGCACAUUGAUACAGCCGCAAAACAGUCUCUGAUUCUCCUGAAGAUUGAAAAGAAACUUCGGAUUUUUUCCCUGACCGUCGAUCACAAAAGAAGUCCAUCUAUAGAUGUCAAAGGUGAGCUUAGUCUAAUCGACCCUCGUUCUAGUUUAGAUCAAUUCCAGAUUUCUAAAGUCUCUCACUGCGAUGGCUUAUUGUUAUGCACCAACAAAGACAACACUAGACUCGUGGUUUGGAACCCCUGUACUGGCCAAACCAGGUGGAUCCAACCUCUAAUUCAUCACAGAUCAAGCGACACCUUGACUCUUGGAUCCUACCAAGACAAGAAAUCCGGCAAUAAGAGCUACAAAAUACUUAGAUACAAUAAAUUUAGUCCAGAGCAAAGAUUCGAAAUCUAUGAAAUUAACUCUGGUUCAUGGAGGAUUGUUAAGGUCACUCCUAAUUGCCGAAUACUGUAUACUGGUCCCAGGGUGUCUUUGAAGGGAAAGGCUUAUUGGUUUGGUUGGGAUAUAAAAGAGAAUUAUCAGUACGACUUCUUCUUAGUGUGUUUUGAUUUUACAACAGAGAGAUUUGGACGUAUGCGGCUUCCCUAUCAACAUUCUUAUCAUGGUUAUCAGACUAUGUCUCUAUCAGUUGUUAGAGAAGAAAAACUUUCGGUGCUAUUACAACGCACAAAUACACAAUGGAGAGAGAUAUGGGUAACAAAUAAGAUUGGUGAAUGGACCAGGGUUCUAACAAUAUUGGAUUCCCCUCCAUUUUAUAGGUGCGGUACCAUAAGUUUUUUGGUCGACGAGGAGAAGAAAGUCGUCGUGUGUUGUGAGAAGAAGGUCGUGGUAUACAUUGCUGGGGAGGAUAAUAAAGUCACACAAGUGGAUUUUGGAGAAGCUGCUACGUUGGGAAAAUAUGAUCCAGUUAUUCAUAGUUAUGUUCCAAGUUUGGUUCAAAUUCAGUGA